AAUGGGCAAACCGAAUUCCUGUCUCCCCUCCGCGAGAAAGAGAAAGAAAAAGGAGAGAUUUUGAUUUGAUUAUUUCGAUUGACAAAUUUCAGUACCUGCAACCUCCGAUAUUUGCCCUAACGGUCUGAUUUAGGGGUUUUCUCCCACCAGCUUCGCAGCCCCAAAUUCAUCGCCAUGACUGAGUAUUGGGUUAGCCAGGGUAACAAGUGGUGUGACUUCUGCAAAAUCUACAUCUCGCACAAUCCUUCCAGCGUCAGAAAUCAUGAGCUUGGUCAACGACACAAGGAUAAUGUUGCAAAGAAGCUUGCUGAUAUGCGAAAAGAAAAAGCUGCAAAGGAGAAGGAAGAAAAGGAAGCAGAGCGCGCCCUUCUGCAAAUCGAAGCAAAAGCUAAGCGCAGCUAUCAAAAGGAUGUGGCAAACUUAAAGGAGGCUAGAGAUUCUCGUGCAUUCGAAGUUGAUGAUGAUGAUCUAGAGAAAUGGCAGUAUAACAGCACAUCUGGUUAUUAUUACAAUCAAAGUAAUGGUUUUUACUAUGAUCCAAAUUCGGGCUUCUACUAUUCUGAUUCUAUAGGCAAGUGGGUAACACAGGAAGAGGCAUAUGCGAACCCGCAGUUCUUAUCCAAUGCUGGAUAUAAAGAAACCAUUUUGAAAAAGCCUGUGUCAGCCUCAGGUGCAGGAUCAGCUAUAGAAAACAAAGGUGGUGAUACAACUCAAAAUGGGCCUCCACCUGGGCCAGUGGUUUCAUCUUCUUUAAAUCCAAAGAGAUCUGUUAAAGCUGCUGCUUCCUCCGUUGCUGUUGGAAAGAGAAAGAGAGAUGAGAAGCCAAGGGCUAUAUCCGCUGAAGAAUCAGCUGCACUUAAAGCAAGGGAAGCUGCAAGAAAGAGAGUUCAAGAGAGAGAGAAACCGUUGCUUGGCCUUUACCGGCCACAAUAAUGCUGCUCUAGCAAGUUCAUAUCCUUAAGGACCUUCACUCAAAAGAAUUCACGAAGAAUAUAUUAAUGCAACUUUGCAUUUUAGCAAUGGCUACUAAUAUGAAGUCCCGCAUUUAAAAUUGCUAAGCGAUUCUUGGUGGCAUUGCGAAUUGGGUGAGUAGCCGUACCUGAUAUUUUAAGUUGUACAAUCUGUUGUGACCUUAUUGAUCGAUGGGUUUUGUCACGAAAGAUGUGAAUUAUUAGGUUCUUCAAAAUGAUGGAUGUUCAGCUGCUGGACAAUUGGGGUGAAAGUAAUCUCAUAUCACUAGUGCUUUAUAUUGUAUUUCACUCCACUCCCCCCCCCCAAAAAUAUAUGAUAGAUACAAUUCUAGUAACAUUUUUCAACGAGGAACAUUGUCGUGUUCAAUGUUACCAGAUGUUACAAGACCGAAGAAUUGAUGAGGUGACAUCGGCUUGCAGGUGUGUUGUAGCUAAAAUGUUAGUUUUCGUUAGGCGCUUGUAUGCAUUUUUGGAUUUAGGAACAUUUGUUAAAGAGUCUGGAAACAAAUUUGUAACUUAAAACAUGAUAAAUGGAUGCCGUUUGUCUUUUACAAGUUCUUAACCAA